AUUACGCCUGUUGACACGCAUGGCCGAAAAAACGUGCUUAUAAGCGGUUAGACUCUCGAGCAGAAUGCAGAGCCAUCAUCUUUAUACGCAAGCUCACCGCAUAAACAGUGUUUGACAGCUCACUGCAGUGACAACCAAGUAAAUAAACGUUCACAUGUGUGUAAAGUAAUGCGCAAGAAAGAUAUUGAGAUAUCGAAUUCGAAAGUGGCACAGUUUAUCUUAUUAUAGGUGUCGUACUGUGACAUUUGAAACUACAAAUGAGGAAAAUCACGCAAUAUAGACUGCAAAAGCUCUUCCUAUUUUAAUCGACUCAACCUAUGGUGAUUGGUGAAUAACUUGGAGAGGUUGAUAAAUAAAAUAAAUUAAAACUUGCAUUGCUGAAGGUGUUGACCAUUAUUAUCUUAUCGUCGUAUCUUGCAAUGAUUUAUCUUGUUUUUAAUUUUUAUUUUUAAUCAUUCUGCCUAAUGUACAUACCUACUUCGAGCACAUAAAGUAUUCUUUAAACUCUCGCGAAGAAUAAAUCAAGUAUGAAAACAUACUUUUUAUACAUACUCAAUGGUUCAUAAAGUUAUUGUGCCAGAGGCUGACUACGCUCUGCUGGCUGGAAAACAAAAAUUUUCUUGCUGCAACAUUGUUGUGUUUACUAUUAUUUUCUUAUUGGGUUUUACUGCAAUUGGUAUUUUAACUUACAACUUUUUCAAAACUGCUAUCGCUGAAGAAAAACUGGUUAAUAAUGUUAAAGUACCUUCUUGGAUGCAUUGGAUGUGGAACCACAACUCCACAAAUGCUACUGCUUUUAAAUCCACCCUAAAGCCAAUUAAAGAACACUAUGUUGUAUGCUACUACACGUUUGAAGAUAAUUUAAGCACUACUAAAUUGCUUCCAAAUAAUUUGGACCCUCACCUAUGUACCCACAUUAUUAUAGGAUUUGCUUCAGUAGUAAAUUGUACUUUAAAUAUAGGUAAAAAUGUAACUCCUUACCAUCAAGUAGUGGCCUUGAAAAAAAUUGCGCCUACUCUUAAAGUAAUGGUUAGUGUUGGAGGAGCUGAAAAUGAUGAGGGUUUUGCAGAAAUGGUAUCAAAUCAUUCGAACAGAAAAAUGUUUAUUAGAUCAGUAUUAAAUGUAACUAAAGACUUAAAUCUAGAUGGUCUUGACUUGGACUGGGAAUUUCCUGGCUGGGCUCAAAAAGCUGAUAGGCAGAAAAUUCAAUUUAUUCAACUUGUAUAUGAAUUAAGGAAAGAAUUUGAUCACAGCGGUAGAAAAUUAACUUUGUCAGCAGCCGUUGCUGCCCCUCAAGCUAUAAUUGAUCAAAGCUAUGAAGUUCCAUCCUUAGCAGAACACAUUGAUUUUAUUAAUUUAAUGUCAUAUGAUUAUCAUUUUUACAUUUGGUAUUAUCCGGUUACUGAUUUGAAUUCACCACUUUAUUCGCGAGCCUUAGAAACAGGAUAUUUAACUUCACUAAAUGUAAAUUUCUCCGCUAAUUAUUGGGUGUUAAAAGGAAUGCCCAGAGAAAAAAUAGUAAUUGGUAUUCCUACAUAUGGUCAUUCUUAUAAACUUUACAAUCCUGCAAAUCACAAAGUGCAAGCGCCAGCUAAAAGUGUUGGUGAGACUGGAGAAUUAGGAUUUGUUAAAUAUUCAGAUGUUUGUAACUUUCUCAAAAAUGGUGCUUUGAAAGUAUUUUUAAAUGAUAGCCAUGUACCAUAUUCAUACAAAAACAGUGAAUGGAUUUCGUAUGAUGAUAUAACUAGUGUCAAACAAAAGGCAUUAUGGAUAAAAGCCAACCAAUUUAAAGGUGCAAUGAUAUACAAGUUGAAUACAGAUGAUUGGAAUUCUACUUGUUCACCAAAUCAUGGAUUUCCUCUUACAAAUACAGUGAAAAAAAUUUUACUUACUAAUUAAAAUUGAUUGUGUGUCAUCAAAAACUGCUAAUUCUCUUCUACCAGCACUUUACUUGCAUACAGCCAAGAUAUAAGUAUUUUCCUACUACACCUAAUGAGAAGUUUUAAUUAAUAC